AUGAUGCUCAGCUUCUUCCUCCAGUAUUCUGAGCAAUUCGCCGGUGUCUUCUCCUUGGGUCAUCUCGGUCGGCUACAACUUGCGGCGGCCUCUCUCGCAACCAUGACCGCUACGAUUACAGGACUAACAAUCUUCACUGGAAUCUCGACGGCCUUGGAUACGCUCUGUUCACAGGCCUAUGGCAGUGGUCAGAGACACGAGCUGGGUCUACACCUGCAGCGCUGUUUGCUGCUGGAGCUGGUAUGCUUCGUGCCCAUUUCCGUCAUCUGGCUGAACGCCGAAACCAUCAUGUUGUGGCUUCGACAAGACCCCGAUUUGGCCCGCUUGUGCGGAUCGUUCUUGAGAUUCUACUGGUGGGGCGCACCAGGGUAUGCAAUCUUCGAGGCACUUAAACGGUUCCAGCAAGCCCAGAAUAUCUUUCACGCAUCGACCUAUGUCCUUUUGAUCACUGCUCCGCUGAACAUAGCUUGUAACUACACGUUCGUGUGGUCUUCAAGGUUCGGAAUCGGCUUUCAAGGAUCUCCUAUUGCAACAGCAAUGUCGUUUAAUCUCAUGGCACUUCUACUGGCGCUGUACGUGCGGUUUGUCGAUGGGUAUCAAUGUUUCGGCGGCUUCAGCACGAAGGCCCUGAAGGAUUGGAAGCCGAUGCUCAAACUUGCCGGACCAGGGAUCAUCAUGAUUUGUUCGGAAUGGUGGGCGGUCGAGGCCAUGGCCAUGGCUGCAAGCUACCUCGGCACCGUCAGUCUCGCCGCGCACUCUAUCAUCCAGACAACGGCCAAUCUAUCCUUUCAGAUCCCCUUUUCGGCGAGCGCGGUAGUUGCUGCCCGGAUCGGCAAUCUUGUUGGCGCCGGCCGCCAACACUCAGCUCGGAUCUCAUCUACUACUGCAAUCAUGCUCGGAGUAGGACUGGGGCUGAACAAUAGCAUAUUCUUAAUCCUUGUCCGGCGUGUGUGGGGGUGGCUGCUCACAAACGAUGCGGAAACAAUCGGGGUCUUCAUUACUGUGGUUCCCAUUCUGGCAGCAUUCCAGAUUGCCGAUGCCACCACGAUCAUAACCAGUGGCAUCCUACGAGGUCUAGGCCUUCAACGGACUGGGAGUAUUAUCAGUCUCUUCUCAUACAAUGUUCUCGCCAUUCCUCUGGCACUGACAUUUACCUUUGUCAGACACUGGGGUGUGGUCGGAUUAUGGUCUGGUAUGUUGAUAGCAAUUACCACCGCGGCUUUGCUGCAGGUAGUCGCAAUUGGCAAGGCGAACUAUGCCAGCAUCAUACAGGACCCAAGGGAUAGGGAUCUGGAACAUAGUAAUGUGUGA